UUCUCUAUUUGUAGUUAUUCCAUCACUAAUAUUCUACGAAUCUCAAAAGACUAUGCCUAGGCCGGCAACAAAGUCUUCCUUUUGUCAUAUACUAACGACCUGCUAUUCUGCUGACUGCACGCUGCUCAUUCCACAUUUGAUCAUAGUCUCAUUUUCAUUCUCAUUGUUCAUGGAAAAUUCUGUUUCUUCCUAUCCAAACAAACUAAUUUCAUCCACCAAAACAGAUAAUCUCUCUGAGGAAAGUGGUUGGACACAGUAUCUCGACGACGAUCUCAUUGCGUACGACAAAGAUGAUGAGUUGGUAGAGGAAUUCAGCUGUUUUAAUUCGAGUUCGGGAUGUUCGAGCUUUAUGCAGAGUGCUUCAAUGGUGUCUGAUGCUGGCUCAGCCCCUGAAUGGAAAAGGAAAACUACAGUUCAUCAUUUGGCUCCAACAGAUUUACCAAACAUGCCUAAGAAAUUAAACUUCAAGAAUAAGAAAACACAACAGAUUUCUUAUGAUGAUUCUUUGGAAGAUACUGCUUCUUCCCCUGUUAAUAGCCCUAAGAUUGCUACAUAUUUCAAGAAGAUGGAUUUAAAUUCAAGAAAGGUGGAAAAGGCAAAUGGAAGCCCUAUGGGUAAUAAAAGUAAAAUAAGUGAUAUGAAUGGAGAGGAUGAGCUGAAGGGUAGUUUUGGCAAUGAAGUGGAAUACACUGAGUUGAAGCAAAAGGGGAUGUGCUUAGUCCCAAUAUCCAUGGUCCUCAACUAUCUCAAUUAAUAAUUUUAUAUGUAUUUCCUUGUUACAUUAGAUUACAUGUACAUCUAAUUACAAUAAGUAAGUAUAACCCAAAUUAUUGUACCAAAAGACAAAUUGCCUUUGGUCCUUGAUGCUUGUACAUAUAUUCAUGUGUUAAGAGGCAAAUUCAACACGAUUUAAAGGCUUAGAAGCAAUGAUUUCUACUAGAUAACUUUGAAGAUGAUGUACAUGAAUUGUUCCCAUACAUUUGAAUUUUGUG